CGGUGGUGUUCACAGCACAGCACAGGAAGGAUUCACUGUAUGAAUGAAGUGCCCUGUCCAGGCGGAAAGACUUUACAUGUUUUCAUACUCAAACGGGAUGAAGCGUUGGAUCUGGUUUGAAUGUAACUGUUACUCAUAACGAAAUCUUUCGUGCUGUGGGAUAAAAACCCGCUGUGGUUAUAGGUCUGAAACCAUGAUAAGAUGAAACGAUAUGGAGAUGCUACGGCUGUGCAACAUAAGCUAGCAGAUGCUAAUGUUAGCGGCUAGCUGCAACUGUUACAGCAAAACGAUGUCAGCUACGAGAGAAAAGAUGCUUAAUGGAAGAGAACGGUGUGAUAUAAAAUGCACAUGGGGUCAGUGAGGAUGGUCACAGCUGGCUGAGGUUCACCCCCUGACCCAGCAGGUACAAUCCAGGCAGAAAAGAAGCAGGAGCCAUGACAGGAGAGGGCAGGACGCAGCGUGGAGGCGAGGCUCUGGUCGAGGACCUGGACUUCCCCUCUGACGACACGUCCCUGUUCUCUGACAGCUCCACGCCUAUCUCAAGGCUGCAGGGAAACAUCACCUGGUGGCGCCCGCAGGAGAUCUGCCAGUCACCAGUUCUCUUCCCUGACAACAUCAACUUGGGUCACGCCAAACAAGGCUUAUUAGGGGACUGCUGGUUUCUCUGUGCCUGCACCGUCCUGCUCAAGAACAAACAUCUGCUGAACAAGGUGUUUCCCCCAGAUCAGCCCCAGUGGGGUGACAGCAGGUACAGGGGUGUCUUCCAGUUUUGUUUCUGGCAGCAGGGACACUGGACAGAGGUGACCAUCGAUGACCGCCUGCCCUGUAUUAAUUCCACCCUCUGCUUCUCACGCUGCCACUCCCCCACUGCUUUUUGGGUAGCCCUGUUGGAGAAGGCCUAUGCCAAGCUUCAUGGCUCAUAUGAGCGACUGUGGGCAGGGCAGGUGUCUGAGGCCCUGGUGGAUUUGACUGGUGGCCUAGCGGAACGCUGGAGCUUGGGAGAAGGUGGGUCAGAGGAGAGACCAGAGCAGAGACCAGAGCAGAGACCAGAGCAGGACAGCGACCAGGUCAGGAGGAGAAGGCUGGACCUGAACCUUCUGUACCAUGUGAAGGAUGACUGCGUGCUGAGCUGCUCCACUCACAGCAGCUCUGGAGGUGCCAGUGAGCUGGGUCAGUACCAUGCCCUGACUGUCAUGGAGUGGUUGGAUGUGAAGAUGGUGUCAGGGAGCGAAGUACGGCUUCUCAGGAUCAGAAACCCCUGGGGAAGAUGCUGCUGGGGAGGGGCCUGGAUAGGGAGUGGUGCAGGUUGGAGCUCUGUUGACCCUGUUUGUGCUUCAGACUUACAAGCCAGGGUGGCUGAAGGCGAGUUCUGGUUGGAUGAGGCUGAAUUCAUGUCCCAGUUUGAUGAUGUCACAGUGGGAUAUCCCAUCAGUGAAGAGGGACACCUAAAGAGCAUCUAUACUGGAAGUCUGCUAAAACACAGCCAUCAGCUGCCUGGCCGGUGGGUAAAAGGGCACUCAGCUGGCGGCAGCCGGAACAGCAGCAGCUAUGGUACCAACCCCAAGUUUUGGCUCAAAGUGAGUGACAGAGGAGAGGUUCUGGUAUCCCUGCUGCAACAAAGGAAGCGGAAAAACACAGAGAAAUACGCACAAACGCCAUUUGAGGACAGCAAGAACACAAAGCACCAGCACUACCGGGCUACUGCUCUACACAUGUGGAAGGUGGAGAAGAAGCGUUUUAACCUGAGCCGGAUGUUGAACAAACCUCCUUGUGCUUCUACUCACUGCCACGCCUACGAGAGAGAGGUGGUCCUCCACGGGCAGCUGGAGCCCGGAUACUACCUGCUGAUCCCCAGCACCUACCAGCCAGGAGCCGAGGCCCGCUUUCUCGUCAGGGUCUUUUCCUCCUCUUCCAUAUCCCUUAGUGCCCUGAAAAGCCCAGCACCUUCACUGCCAUUAACAAUAGAUGGUGAGUGGGAGACCAGUUACUUCCGGGGCUCGUGGUCGGAGGGAACGACGGCGGGUGGAGGCAGGAACUUCCUGUCUCAUUGGCAGAACCCCUGCUUCCCCUUUACAGUGUCUGAUGACUCAGCUGUGACACCAGGAGUUAAUGUCAGGAUUACCCUGCACCAGAGCCGCCCUGACACUGAUCUGCAUCCAAUUGGCUUCCACAUUUAUAAGGUCCCAGAAGGGGUGUCUGCGCAGUCAAUACCCCGGGACGAGGAUCCCGUGGCCAGUUGCGUCCCCCACUGUUACACGCAGGAUGUCAGUCUGGCUUGCAGUCUUCCUAGUGGAGCUUACACCAUAUUACCCUCCACUUAUGAACCCAACUGCUCGGCAAGCUUCACCCUCAGCCUGGCUCGUAGAAUACACAGGAAGGUGGUGAAAAGUCAGGAGAGGCUGGGGAGAGCCAUUCAAGAGGUCUCUCACAUCUCUGUGAUGCAAAGCUAGCUCUCUGGGACUGUUGCUGCUCCACUGAUGUCGGCUCACCUCCCUGUGCCUCUUGGCCCAUGAUGAAAGAAUCUCCCAUCCACCCUCACCAUAGAAGCUGUAUAGGGGUGCGUGUGCGUGUGCGUGCAUGUAUGUGUAUCAUGAGCAGCUGACAAGGCAGGCAGAUAGAACGAUUUAGUGGAAAUGUGUGUGUCGGGAAUCCUAGAAACCCCUUUAUCCUGAACCGCUGAGGCUCAGGGCUGAUGGGCAGCCACACACUCAUCGGCGAUUAGGACAUCAGAGGUUGUCGGUGGGCUGGGCUGCUAAUGAAGUAUGACGGGACUGGCUGGUGUAAACAAACAGCAACCAUUGAAGAGGGCCGCCACUGCUCUUGCUCAUUCACUCACUGGUGUGCCUGCCGGCCCGGAACAAAGAGCCCUCUCAUGAAGGUCCUCAGAGAGGCACAGGGGGCAAGGGGUGAGGGGAUGGUCUCCGCCAGCAGAGCCAACCAAACCACACCACACCAUACCGUGCCAUACCAUACCAGGGCUUUUCUCCCAUCCCUCAGCCUCAGGCACUGGUCCUCAGCUAGCUUGCAUCAUUCCUCUGCGGACACAGAUGCAGGGUUUUCUGAAUGCCUCAUCCCUAAAUCUGCUCGCCAUCCUCACUUGCACUGAAGUCAGGCUGGACACUAAAGAAGUCCACUUAGUCCCUGACUCCAUCAUCUUCAACCUCCCCCAGCUCCCUUUCUGUCCCCCCACUAGACUCGGUCCAGAAGCUCUGCUUGGACCUGCACACAGCCGCUGUUUGAAGUGACCGCAAGAGGAGAUGACAAGCGGACGGAUGGGAGGGAUGAAACGAGGGAUGCGGCACAUCAGAGGAAGUCGGGUUCAUGUGAUGAAGCCGCCAGUCCUUUUUGUGUUGAGGCGGCAUAUGUGUGUUGCUGUGUGUCUGCCUGCUCAUACUCAUGUCUGUGUGUGCAGAAGUCACAGGGUUUCUGAGGGACUUUUUAAAAGCUAUAAUUAACUGAUUACAGUGGUACUCUUCUGUGUAUUUAUUGGCUUUGGGAUUCAACUGUAUGAGAUAUGAUGAAUAAAUUAUUAAAACAUGA